AUGGCUACGGCAAAGAAGAUUCAGUUGUCGACGGCCAACUCGGGCAUUUUCAGCGUGGAACUGAGGGAGGACUCUGCGCGCGUAGUAAGUGAGGUGCUGCAAGAUGAUCUGGAGAACCACCAUGUGUUCUUCAACGAGAGCGGAUUUCAUAACCAUAUUGUCCACCAUAUUCUGACGAUCUAUGCGCUUGGUGCGACGCCGGAUGAGAUCGGGGCUGCUUAUGAUCGGAAUAAGACGUAUCAGCGCCCUGUCAUGCCGACAACCCAGAGUGUAGUUGAGUCGAUGCAUGACAAGAGCCAAUUCCAGCAGCACCUCGGCAAAGAAAAGAACUAUCCCAAUUACUUGGCUUUCUUUCAACAGGAGAUUGAGAAGAAAGGUGUGGCGGAUGUGCUUAACGAGUAUCUGUUUUCGGGGAGCGAGAGUGCAGAGACUAUGUUUGCGCGCCUGUUUGGUGGACUCCUUCAUCCGCUGAUCCACCUUGGGUUCGGGCUUGAGUUCGACCAGCCCGCAAUUGUCGCUGAGGCUCUCGCACAAACCGCCGUACAUGAGGACUGGAUUGGUCGGUUAUACCUCCUGCCGGUAGAGAAGGCCGCAGGAGGGAUCGGCAAGCCGGGAAAGAAAACGAUGCUGCAAAUCUUGAACGAGAUCCGCGCUGAUAAAAAACUAGCUGAAUCCGUCAAAUGGGAAGAUGGGAACAAAAUCAGAGACGGCGUUUUGAAGCGAGCACCAGAUGAGAUGAUUAAGUAUGCAGCACAAUUUUCGGUCUCCACCGAGCAAAUGGAGGAGAAACUUGCUGAACUUCUCAAUCUAGUCGCUUACUUUACAGGUGCCGCUCAGCGUCCGCCAAAGCAGGUCAAGCUUGACUUCUUCUUGAUGCACUGCGUGACUUCUUCAAUAUUCCUUUCCAAGAUCGUCACUCUUCCGUACCUGGAUAUGCGCACCAAGCUGCGUGUGCUUGAGUGGAAAGGCCGUGCAGAUCUGGCCUUCUACGUAUCCCGGGGAGUUCCCAAGCUGCUGCUGGAGGAAGUGACUACAUACGAAGCUCCGAAUGAUUGGAAGACAAUCUUCCAUGUGAGCAGUGUACACCCGCGUGAAGAUGGUCAUUUGUCGAAGCUUCUCAGGGCUGUAGCAAAUGGCGAGAAGGUCUGUCGUCCGCUUGAGACUCGAGCAGAAGAGCUAGGACUUUUGAUUACCGGGGACAUGUGGCUGAAGAUUGCAAACAUGGCUAUCGAUUCAACCAAAGGUGAUCAAGUGGACACAAUGUGGGUUCGCUCGACGGGGUUCGAAGAGGCAUGGAAGAACUUCCAUGACCGACCUCGCCUAUGA